AUGUAUCACUUUCAUGCAGAUUUUAGGAAUGAUGGUAGACGACGAUGUGAAUAUCGAUCAAUGGAAAUUGAAACCAAAUUGAUGCCACAAACUCAUGGUUCUGCAAGAUUACAUAUAGGAAACACGGAUAUUCUUGUUGGUGUUAAAGUAGAACUUGAUAUACCCCAUGCAGAUAAACCAAAUGAAGGAAAAUUAGAAUUUUUUGUUGAUUGCUCUGCUACUGCAACUCCAGCAUUUGAGGGGAAAGGUGGUGAUGACUUAGCAACUGAAAUAAGUAAUACAUUAACAAUUGCUUAUCAAACACGUUAUGCCUUUGAUUUAAGAACAUUAUGUAUUUUACCCCAUAAAAAAUGUUGGAAAAUAUUUGUUGAUGUCUUGAUUCUUCAGUGUGGUGGUAACCUCUUUGAUGCAGUAGGAAUUGCAGUUAAGGCUGCAUUGAAUAGUACAGAAAUACCAAAUAUUACAGCUGCAACUCUUGACGGCGGAGAACCAGAUAUUCAAUUGUCAGAUGAUUUUUAUGACUGUAUACAAUUGGACACAAGUAAUUAUCCAGUCAUUGUAACACUGUGUAAAAUUGGAGAUAAUUACAUUGUUGAUCCAACUUCAGAAGAAGAAGUAUGUAGUGCAAGUAGCAUAGUUAUGUCUGUAUUACCAAGUAAUAAAAUCUCAUCAGUGAUUAAAUUGGGUUAUGGAAGCAUUCAAACUAAUACUUUUAACAAAAUGCUACAGAUGGGUCAAAGUAUAGGCUUACGAUUGAAUGAAGGUCUUAUGAAAGCAUUGAAAGAAGAAAGUCAACUUGGAUGUAGACUAAUAUAUGGUUUUCUUAGAUAA